AUGCCUCGAACAAGGAACUUGAGAGGAAUUUCAAAAGCCACCAAGGACCUGGUAAAGAGGAGGAAAGCACUGAUGCUAGAUCUGACUGUAUCACAUCUCGAACGACCGGUAGCAAUAGCACUUGCAGAACAUUUGCAAGAAGACCUUCGGAAGUACAGGCAAUCGAAAGUUUUGGAAGCAGUACAAGGAAGGAGAAGUUUAAAGAAGUACCGCAGGGACCUCCUUGUCUACCGUGUCCCGCUGACAAUAAUAAUAAACGAAGACGGGACUCGCACAUCUUCUCAACAAAAAUUGGAAAUUGAUCACGAAAAGAAUCAGUACCAAUCUCUUCCGCUCAUCAACACCCAUGUCACACUCCACCAUGAAGGCAGCCACGUUCCGGGAUUGGAACACAUUUUGGCCGACCUCUUACGAGCUGAAGGACAUCGUCUACAUGAGAUACUUGCGGAACAUCCAACGUCUUAUCUUCAAAAGGAAAGGAUCCUCAACCAGCGAACACCAUAA